GUAUUGUAAUCUUUGCUCAGUCCAACGUGGUCCCUUCACCCGGGCUCCGCUCUUGCCUUCUCCACACUUGUUUGAUUUAUGAAGAAUCCAAGAUGAAUUUGGAGCAGGAGAGGCCAUUUGUCUGCAGUGCCCCGGGCUGCUCUCAGCGCUUCCCAACAGAGGACCAUCUGAUGAUUCAUAGGCACAAGCAUGAAAUGACUUUGAAGUUCCCCUCAAUAAAAACAGACAAUAUGUUAUCAGAUCAGACUCCGACCCCAACGAGAUUCCUGAAGAACUGCGAGGAGGUGGGGCUCUUCAAUGAGCUGGACUGCUCCCUCGAGCAUGAGUUCAGGAAGGCUCAGGAGGAGGAGAGCAGCAAGCGGAAUAUCUCGAUGCAUAACACAGUUGGUGGGGCCAUGGCGGGGCCCGGAGCUCACCAGCUUGGCAGCACCCGGAUGCCCAACCAUGACACCAGCGUUGUGAUUCAGCAAGCCAUGCCGUCACCCCAGUCCAGCUCUGUCAUCACACAGGCACCUUCCACCAACCGCCAGAUCGGGCCUGUCCCAGGCUCUCUAUCUUCUCUGCUACAUCUCCACAACAGACAGAGACAGCCCAUGCCAGCCUCCAUGCCUGGGACCCUACCCAACCCGACGAUGCCGGGAUCUUCCGCCGUCUUGAUGCCAAUGGAGAGACAGAUGUCAGUGAACUCCAACCUCCUGGGAAUGCAAGGUCCAAAUCUCAGCAACCCCUGUGCUUCUCCCCAGGUCCAGCCAAUGCAUUCAGAAGCCAAAAUGAGGUUGAAGGCCGCGUUGACUCACCACCCUGCUGCCAUGUCAAAUGGGACUAUGAGCACCAUGGGACACAUGAUGGAAAUGAUGGGCUCCCGGCAGGACCAGACACCGCACCAUCACAUGCACUCACACCCGCAUCAGCACCAGACACUGCCAGCCCAUCACCCAUACCCACACCAGCACCAGCACCCAGCACACCACCCUCACCCGCAGCCCCACCACCAGCAGAGCCACCCGCAUCAUCACUCCCACUCCCACCUCCACGCACACCCUGCACAUCACCAGACCUCGCCACACCCGCCCCUGCACUCCGGCAACCAAGCACAGCAGGUCUCACCAGCAACGCAACAGAUGCAGCCAACCCAGACAAUACAGCCACCCCAGCCCACAGGGGGGCGCCGGCGAAGGGUGGUGGACGAAGAUCCCGACGAGAGGCGGAGGAAAUUUCUGGAACGGAACCGGGCAGCUGCCACCCGCUGCAGACAGAAGAGGAAGGUCUGGGUGAUGUCACUGGAAAAGAAAGCAGAGGAACUCACCCAGACGAACAUGCAGCUUCAGAAUGAAGUGUCCAUGUUGAAAAAUGAGGUGGCACAGCUGAAACAGUUGUUGUUAACGCAUAAAGACUGUCCAAUAACAGCCAUGCAGAAAGAAUCACAAGGAUAUCUAAGUCCCGAAAACAGCCCUCCUGCCAGCCCCGUCCCAGCUUGCUCCCAGCAGCAGGUCAUCCAACAUAAUACCAUCACCACUUCCUCCGCCGUGAGCGAGGUGGUGGGGAGCUCCACUCUCAGUCAGCUUACGGCUCACAGAACAGACCUGAACCCCAUCCUUUAAAAUCUGCCUGUGGGUCAGACCUUGCCUCCAAGAAGAGCUGUCGCGUAUCAUGCGUCCUUUCUUUUAAGGGCAUUUUUGGAAUUAACUCCGACCUGGAAGACUCCUCAGCCCUCAAAGACUGGCUUUCAUUUUUAUAGUUACUAUGGAAACGUCGUCUUUUAUACUUAGUUAUAUAAGAAAAAAAGGGAGUUAUGCAAUUAAUUAAUCUAUCAGCUUGGGAAAUGCUUUGGUGCUUUUCUCCAAUUUUCUGGUACCAGUUAACUUGUUUAUAAACUGAACUCUUUCUGUAUAUAGACAUGGUUUCAUUCUUAUCAGUCCAACCCUUUGCCUGAAACAUUGACUCUUGUUAAACCGCAGCUUUUAGCCAAAAUGAGGCAUACCUAGAUGUCACGUAAACGGAUGCAAGGUAACUGGAUGGUGAGUCUGAUGACAUCAUAACACGUGUCAAGUUUGCGCUGUGAUGUCGCCAGAGUUCCAGAAAAACACAGAGCCUUUUCCAUAUUUUUUUUCUCUUCCUAUAAAAAAUUGUAAGAUCCGUUGAUGUCCACAUAAAACCACCAAGCAUCUUGCCCCUUCUCCUCCUCCUCUUGGUCCACUUCCUCGAAUUAUCCUCUAAUUUCCUCCAGUCUUCCUUUCCAUUUCCACUUUUUCCUGGGCUCCCUGUGUACUCUUCAUUUUUACUUUCUUCUGUUUUAUUUUCUCCCCUUUACCAUUGCAGGUAAAGAAGAAAGUAAUGCUUAAAGGGAAAAAAAAAAAGCAAAUCUCAAAAAUAUGGAUCUAGCCAUUGCUUUCCUUACGCGUGACCCACAGCUGGAGUUCAUUCACCUCUUGCUUUUUACAAAAUGGUAAGCAGGAGAUGUUUAAUGUGCCUGAUUUAAUGCUUUUAAUAAUCAGAGCAAAUAAAACGUGGCUUAGCCAUAGGUGAAGCACUGUUGAACGCCAGCUGUGGAGACACCGGGGAAGGGAGUCCCGUAAGCCUCGAUUGUGAUGGCCCAACUCAUGAUGCGGGUUAUAACGUCACACCCUCGAAUUACAACUGCUUUUAUAUGGCCUGUCCAUAAGGUUGAAAAUCCAUAUACUAUAUAAUAAUUCCGAAGGGCUGUAUUCACUACACAGAUUACAUUGUUCAAUCAUCAGCUGCUAAUAGACUAAGAUUUAUUUAUUUUUUUUUCUUAAGCCUAUGGAACUGGCUUUGCUGUUCUGGUGGGUGAACGUAGACGCACCACUGGAGGAACAAAGAGAGAAAGAAAACCGAAUGUUUCCAUAGCGGUGCUUUCAGCCCUCCCAGAACAGCCAGAGCCUUCUUUGGCUGCUGAAAGAAUCCCAUGGAUGUGGCUACUCUACUCUUCUGAAUAAUUCUGAUUUAUAGUUCCAACAACUUUCAUCAACUUGCCCAUUAUGGAAAACAGAUAGUCCCGAACCACAGUUGUGCCUCCUUGAAACAAGCCAUUCUACUGUGCUAAUAUUUUAAUAUCACAUCUUGCAAGUAACGGGGCGAACGUUUCCGUCUAGCAGUCUAGACAGGUGCUGGUGUUCCAUCUCCAUGUGAAUGCUUGACCUCCUCACACGAGAGUGAGUGAGUGGGUGUGUGUGUGUGUAUGUGUGUGCGUGUGCGCGUUUGUGGGAUUUAAAAUAAUAGUAUUUUACAAAAGGUGUAGCUUUUCUAAGAGUUCAGCAAAGGGAAAGACAUAUAUGGGUGUGUGUCUCUGUGUUUAUCUCUCACUAUAGCAUAAGAAUCUAUUUUGGAGAAAAAAAAUAUGAGGGUCGUGAAGCAUGAUUUUUAUAACUAGUUUCAGUUUUAUCUAAAAACUUACUUUUUGAAUCAGUAUUUAUCAGCAAUUUUUUUUUUAAUAUAUGCAGUGCUUUCAAAAGAAAGUUUUGAGUGUCCAGGGAAACUCAUGACUGGCUAUGUGGUCUAGAAAUCAAAACAAACACACACACACAAAACAAAACAAAAACAAAAACAAAAAAAAAGAAAAAAGAAAAAUGCAAAGGAUUUUCUAUUAUAUUUUAGACAAACAUAUCUUUUUUUAAGUAUUUUAAAUACUGAAUUCAUAGUUGUUCCGUUUUGCAUCCCAGCAGUAACAGCCGAAUGGUUGAACCUAAGGGGCUUCCUAAGAAAUAUUUAAGAUAUAUCUGUAUUCUGAUAUUAAAUUUAAUUUUUUCAAAACUCCUUUCUAGGACCACGUAUGUGACUUUCUAAAAAAGAAAAAGAGCUCAUUGAAAUGUUUGCUUGGGUGUUAAAUUCUUUUAUGUUUUUCUUAUUUUUUGCUAUAAGUAAACAAAAACUUUUCUUUACUGCAUGCAUAGCACUUAAUGAAAUGGAUUUUUAAAAAAUCCACUGGUAAUAUCAGAAUGUCCAGGGAGUGGGCUGUCACUUGAAUUAUGGUUUACUUUACUUCGGUUCCACCUCUUGAUUGAAUAUUUCGUUGUUACACUGAAAAGCCUCUGUAGUGAAGAACUUGCCUGAGUUUUCCUAAUUCAGCAACUUGACAGUUUGACUGAUGUGCAUUAUACAGAGCUCAAUUAUGUCUGUUUUUUAUGCUAAGUAGGCAAACCAACCACACACACACACACACACACGUUAGCAAACAGCCCUCAACGUAUAAUUAGAAUAAACUGUCUUCUUGUUUUACUUAGAGCCUUUAGGUAUGUUCAUUAGCAGUGUGGAAAUACACUCAAAUGGAAGACGCCAGCUUGUUGUCAGAGCGUCUUGAAACCCCGAACAGAAAGACUCAUUGGUCAAACCCAAUUGGGUUUAUCAAUAUUAAGCGUUUCACCGGAAGAAGGUCCAGCCUUCACCAGACCCUAGAAAAAUCAGUCGGCCUGAAAAUCCCUCCGUGCCCUCCAUUUUUUGCCAGUUGGGGAAAGCAUCUUUUUUCUGGCCCAUUCUCCUCUCCCACACAGUUCCUGGGUCAUCCACCUAUAUCUUCACGGAUCCAUUGGAAUGACCUUCAGAGCACCCAUCCUGCGGAGGGAAGGGCCCUGCAACACUGCCUCUCCUCAUUCAUGUGUGGGUUUUUUUAUUGGCAGCAUCUGCCUUUGAAGUCACUGCCAGCCUGCCUGAAAAUUUCUACAGUGCUUCCCCUGCCUUAUGUGAUGGGAUUUGACUUACAUAGGUACCCCUGAUGGCGUUUCUACCAGCUGAUCCUGAAUUGAGGCGUCCACAUCUUAUUUCUUCUUAAGACAUUUCCCAACAUAUGAUGCCAGGACAGGUGGAGUGAUAUCCUAGCCAUGGAUGAACGUACUCAUUCUAAAGCCUGUGUUAAGCUGAUGUUUCCCUUCACACCCGACUCAUCCCCCCACCCCACCUUCGCAUCAGUGUGCGCGAGGCCCCGCAGUAACGUGGCCCCCCGGGAGAUAGCAGUUUGUGCCAUAUCACUGAAUGAACUGUGCUCAUUAGGGUGACUGAGUUGGAGCACAUGCCCUUUGGAGCCUUAUCUGGUCAAAGAAAUCCAGGGCAGCGCAUGUUCUGAACAGAGGGGCAGAGGGGGUGAGGGUUCAGGUUCUUUGCUUGCCCGUUAAGUAAAUUUCAGUGCGUCAGUUGAGUUUGCCAUUAAAAUCUGAAACCAGCUGCGGUGAAAGACCAGCCUUUGGCUGCGGAGUUUGAAGCAUCAGUAACUGCUCUCAAACCAGCCAUCCAGUGAGGGUAGAAUGUGCUUCUUUCUGGUUAAUAAAAACCAUCUAAGAAAAUAUAUAUGUAUGUAUGUGUGUGUGUGUAUACAGUGGAAUUCAAGGACCAAAGCAAAAUUUGAACAGGAAUCUAUUAAUUUAGAAUUUUAUAAGAUAUUUAUUAAUAAAUGUUAUUUUAAAACAUUCCAUUUGAACAGUAUUCUUCUGUAGGAUUUACUUGUUUUUAAAGUAUUAGUUCAUAAUAAACUACGCUGGUUGUGUAUCUUCAUUUUUCAGGGUUUCAAAUAGCUAUUCUCCAUCCUUUGGUGGAAGUGUUUUGCUUAGAUCUCUGUGCAUAGAAAUUUCCAGGAUUUUUAUUGCUCUGUGAGUUAUGUUUUAAUCUAUGUUCUGAACAGUUUUUUUUAAACAUUUAUUUCUUCUUCUUUUUUUUUUAAUUUUUAAAGUAAGCUCUUUAGGAAGCAGAGUUCAGCUAAAGGGAAUCAGUAACUAUAACUGGAACAGCUUUCUUGUAAAAGCGUAGAAACAACUUCAUCUCUGCUUCUCUGCACCCCACCCCAAUUUCCUAGAAUGCCUUGCACUAUUCAGCUUCCUUAGUGCUCUUUUUGUCCCGUCCCAAACAAUGUGCUGUAGCUUUAAGCCAUUCAAGUUCCAUUAUGCAGUAUAUCUGAGAAGGAAAAGGAAGCAACCCAUUUAAAUUUGAAUAAAACUGUGCCUAUGCGAACAGUAGCAAUUUAGAGCCUCUCUUCUGCUUUUAAAAUAAUUUAUAUUUUAAAAUUGCACUUUAGCUUUUUUGAUCCCUUUCUGUUUCUCUUGCUCUCUCUCUCAAAGCCCCUCCCUGUCCUCAGACUCGCCUUCUGCUCGCCCCUUUCCAACUCCCCACCCUUCCCCUCAGGCUCUGAGCUGCAUCAUUUAAAAUACUUUACAGAAUAUUUGCACCAGGUACGUGCGUUCCUUAGUAUCCUAGCAAAGACAUGUUCCUCACAUCAGCCCAGAUAAAGCCUGCUACGAGAAAACCAAGGAGAAGAGCCAGUUUAUACUCUUUAACCCUUUAUUCAUAGCAUGUUUUUUUUAAAUGUUAUAUUAUGCAACAGAUGUGAGGCAGCCACUAAGCUACACUUAAGAAUUUUCUAUCUCAUCCUCCAAACCAAAGUGUCCUGAAUGAGCCAGGAGACUUACUCUUUUGUGCACCAUGGUGCAUGUGGACUGUUGUCCCAGCCAUCGUCUCUCGGAGGCUGCUGAGAUGACAGUGGCCCUCUCUAUUUCAUUCCUGGGUCUCAAAAAUACAGUGUUGCCUUGUGAUGUAAUUAGGGACAGCACCUCUAUUUUACAAUGAUAAUCUGAGAAAGGACAAGAAGACACUGAAGCAAUAAACUCACCAGUAAAAUUCAAUACCAAAACAAAGAAAUGAAAAACAAAAACGAAAGCCCUAGCUCAUCAUGUUAUGAAAAUGAAAAAGUGUAUGUCCGCUCAAAAUAGUUUCCUAUUUCUGGUGGAGUUUUUCAGUGAUGUAAUGCUUAUAGCCAAAUUGCUUAAAGAGUGUUUAUAUAUUUUUUUCCUUAUAAAUUGUCUAUUUUAAAAAAAAAAAAAAAAGAAGAAACUACUUACCACAAGUUGAAGAGGGGGGUAAGGCCAAAUUGCCAGCAUUCGUUAAAAGAUUCAUAUUCCUAAGUGGCACUCUGAUACGUUUCCAAGCUUAUCAUCAGAGGGGAAUCAGUAACGAUCAGCCAUUGUAUUUCGACCAACUUAUAAUAUGUAGCUCAUUAGAAACGAGGACUUAGAAAGCUCUUCAUAAGCCAUUUAGGAUUUCUUAACAUUGAGUUUCAUAUUCUAGAACUCUUUAGGAUUUUUUAUAAAAGAGAAUCAUCUUAGCCUCAGGACUGAGAAUGUGGAACCUGAAUAAAUUAGCUUUAAGUAUAUCAUUAAAAUCUUAUGCACAAUAAGCUCAUUAGAUGCUAGUUGGCUCCUUUAGAGUACCAAUGCCAGUGAUGAGAUAAUGGAAGGUAUCAGCAGUGCUGCAGUGGAGGGGGUUUCGGAGAAGGGACCCUUCCCAACCAGCCAGCCAGCCAGCGGAAGAGAAGACCCACUCACCCUCUUUCCUUCUAUGUUCUGCUAAAUCACACUUGCCUCAGAGAGAGGAGUUCUGCCUUUGAGGAUUGUCUUAGAGAAAUGAUAAGCUUGAAAUGUUCUCCCUGGAGAGGACAUGGGGUUUGGGAUCUUCUGAAAAGGCCCAGAAAAAUGGCUCCGUUCAAACACAAUGUUCUAGGACAAUUGGAAUAUAAAUAUUGUCCAAAACUAGAACUUAAAAAAAAAAAAAGUUUAAACUUGUGCAAAGUAAGUGCUAACUAAGGAAGUCCCAAAAAAAAAAAAAAAAGGUGCUGUCACUUUAAGUUCUGGACUGGGGGGUUGUUUGUAAUUGUAAACAGCAAAGCAUUUAUGUUUGUCUGUCUAUUUGUAAAGCAACCACCUUCCUUACUGGAAGGAGAAAAAAAAAUUGGGGGUACAUACAUGUAAAUACUUGCUGCAGCAUUUAAUAUGUUCAGUUUUAUGUUAAGCUUUUUGUUGCAUCGUGAACACAUUUAUUGUUACCAAUGGACAAUGAGUUCAUUAAGACUGUUCAACUAGGUCAGAUUUUUACAUCUCUUUCGAGCAAGAGGAGACAAGAUUUUGUGCAUUUGUACAAAUGUUAAUAAUAUCACUGCAAUUCCAAUAUAAUAAAGCACUCAAAUGCAAAUAA